AGGAGCCGGCUCGGCCUCUCCUCUUUGGCGCGCAGGGCUGGAGCCGGAGAACGUCCCGCUUGCCCCGCGGAGGCUCUGCCCAUGGAGCCGGCCGCCUCCCCCGCGCGCUCCCCGGAGCCCCGACGCCCGGCCCGCAAGCCCCGCGCCCUGCCCGGCCUCCCCGGCAGCCGCCCCGCCGCCUCCGCCUCCGCCAUGUCCCCGGUCACCCACCUGGCCCUCCACAUGGACCAGCUGGCCGGGCUGGGCAGUGACUGGGACACCCCCAAAAGGAAAAAGAAGCUCAACUUAGACUUCAGAAAGGAAUGGACCUCUCAAGACUCAGUCUCUUCGGAAUCGACCGACUCAGGUGUUGGCCCCGACUCUCCUAUGGAGCCAGAUGUGGAGAUGUUUCCUGAGGAUUUGGAAUCGCUUCCCCUUCGGAGAAUCAAGUCCUUGCCGGUGAGGCUGCUGGGCUCCAGUCCUGUCCUCAGGGACAUCUCACACUACAAACAGUGCAACCGUGGUCCUGGCCAGAACAAUGCGGCUGCCCAAAACAGUAUGGGAAAUGAAGGGGCUAUUUUCAAGAAGCCCUGCCGACCUACCAGCAGGUUCUCCGGCGGGCAGGGAGAGAGGGCUCCCUUCGCCCAGAGACCAAAUUCUGCCCCACAGCUGAUGUUCUGCAGCCCUCAGAAGGAGAACGUCAAUCCCGAGAGCCCGGUCUACCUCCGCCGUUCCUCCUUGACGUCCUUCAUGAACGAUGAAGACGAUGAUGGCUUUCUGGAAGUCCUUGAUGAAGAGGAGCAGAAGGGUGAUGGUGACCUCCCUUCAGGCAUGGAGAACUUGCUAACGGCGCCCCUGGUGAAAGCAAACGUUGAACCCAGUCAGGUGAGAUCCAGAUGCCAGCGCCUCUUCCGGUCGCCCUCCAUGCCUAGCACUGUCAUUCGGCCCAUCCUGAAGCGGCUGGACCGGGCCCAGGAGAAAGACACCCCCGUGAACACCAAGCGACGGAAGAGCCUCAACGGCAACGCCAUUGUAGAGAAGCCAGAAGAACCGAUGCCCCGGCUGGUCCGCUCCCGUUCUUGCUGUCCCUUGGAGAUUGCCAACAUCUUGGACCAAGACCAGCGCGAGCUGAUUGGCGACUUCUCCAAGGCUUACGUCCUCCAAACGGUGGAAGGGAAACACCAAGAUCUCAAGUACAUUUCUCCAGAAAUGAUGGUGGCGGUCCUGAACGGCCAGUUCAACAGCCUCAUUGAAAACUGUGUGAUUGUGGACUGUCGAUACCCGUAUGAAUACGAAGGCGGCCACAUCAAGGGUGCCGUCAACCUGCCCCUGGAGAAGGAUGUGGAAGACUUCCUUCUCAAGAAGCCCAUAGUGCCCUCGGACGCUGCCAAACGGGUCAUUGUGGUUUUCCACUGCGAGUUCUCGUCGGAAAGAGGGCCCCGGAUGUGCCGUUUUGUUCGGGAGAAAGACCGCGGUCGCAAUGUGUAUCCCUCUCUCCACUACCCGGAACUCUACGUUCUGAAAGGGGGUUAUAAGGAAUUUUUCCCCCAAUAUCAGAGUCACUGCGACCCACAAAACUACCGUCCGAUGCACCACAAGGAUUUCAAGGAGGACCUGCGCACUUUUCGUCUGAAAAGCCGCACCUGGGCCGGAGAGAAGAGCAAACGAGAACUCUACAAUCGUCUGCAGAACUGCUGAAGGGUGGAAGAAGCAUGGGGUGGGGUAGGGGAAUAUUUUUCAUUGGGGGGGGGGUUGCAGGAAGUUUGGAUGGGGCAUCUUCAUCGUGUAUCCAGGGCAGAGCAUGUCCUGGCCUGCACCUACCCAGGACAGACGUCUGCAAGGCUAAAGAAGUAUGAAUUCUCUCCCCACAUUGAACCGUUCUCUUCUGGCAAGCGCCGUUUUUUUUGCAACCGGUCGAGGAACAGGAUGUCAAUUCCUUAUCUUACAACGGCGUCAUUCCGCUCCAUCCAGCACGCCGGAAGCCAGCAAAGUUUUGCGAAUAACGCUCUGCGGGUAUCAGUCCCGGGAAAGUUGAGCAGGAAUUUUUCUUGAAUCGGAGCGUCCAUCUGCGCCUCCCUCCGAUAAGCUUCGGGUGCCUUUUAGAAAGAACGAAGGACGCAGCUGCGUGCAAAGGUCUUUCCUCGCGACACAAAGUGUGUCGUGGACCCCGGCUGUGAGUAGACGUGAAAGUGCCCCCAUUGGGUUUUUGCUCCCUUUUCCUUGAGGGUGAGCGAAGGAAGAACGAAGGCGGGAGGCGGCUUGCAAUCUUUCCCACGUGUCUCGGGAGUUGUGUGUGUAUGGAUGGUUGUGUAACCUUUGUGCCAGUAGAGAUUCCUUAAAACGAAAGGAGAUUCCUGAGUAUUUCACUGAGUGCUUACUUAGCAUCAGAGCGGGAGUCUCCAUUGGGGCAGAUCAGUGGGGAGAAACUCUGCGUUAGCUUGCAUGCAGACGGGGGAGGCCAUGGGAUCUUGGCAGGCCUCAGGGUGGGAGGGGGGAAAGAACUGAGAGACCCCCCCCCCCAACCACGGCAAAACAGUAGUGCAGACCAGUUUUAAAGAAUUAAGAGGACCCAAGUCUGUCGGCUACCUUGGUUUCUACAAUUUGCUGGAACUGAGCCAAUUUGGAAAGAGCUCCCUUAAGGACGCAUUUUUAAUAUUGGUAAUUUUUAUUUUGGCCUCCGAGGCAGGGCUGGGAGGAAAAGCCUUGAUCCUGGAAACUCUCCAUUGUUUUAAAGUUGUCCAUUUUAAGUUGAAAGCAAGCUUUCCUCCACGCUCGGCGUCCUCGUUGGAAGCAAGAACCAGCCUUGAUUUCAAACGUUCAGAUCCCCUUUGCGUCAACCUGUCGUACUCAAAAGGCUGAAAAUAUGCCAAAAUAUGGAAGAAACUUUGCCUUUUCCUCUCUUGCUCAAUCUCCCCGUCCGCCCAGUUUACCACUUGGUUUUUUUUUGCCAGACUCUUACCUGGGAUUGUUCAGCUUUGUUCCAGAUUUAGGGUGAGGAGUGGGCUUCCUUGAAAACAGACCCUCCCCUUCCCCCCCCACCCCCCCGAAGCAGCAAAGUUGGUGUACAAGUUGGUUUCAGAGAGAAACUUCUUCAGAUCGGAAGAGAGGGGCUCAAUUCAUCCUUUUGCGGGGUGUGUGGGGGAGUUUGGUUGGGACAGGGGACAUUUUUCUAUACCUCUUUUUGACCAUGAAAAAAUGCUUGCGUGGUUUUUCCUGGGUUGCUAACAGACAGUUCCGUGGCACGGCUAAUGCUGCGUGGCUUCCCUUGGAAAAAUUGUGCGGGGAAGAAGAAGCCCCCAUCUAGUGGAGAAGAGUCGGAAGAAGCGAGAAUCUCUGCUCGGCUCCAUGUCGAGUCCAAGUUGCUUUUAAGGAAAACGGCAAGGCAACUAGCCAAGUUGGCUUAAAAGUUUGCCGCCUGUGGCAUCAAAGCACCCUCCCAUUUGCUAAAGAGGACAUCCCAGCGGAACUGACCUUUCACCGCCAGCCGACUGUUUUUUUGCUGUUGCAACGCUCGAACAAAUAAUGAAUCAAACUUCUCAAAAGAAACAAACCAUGAUUCUGAGAAAGUCUGGUGGACACAAAGCUGGCUUCUUCCUCCCCCUCCCCCCGCCAGUUGCACGCUUCCAGACGGGAGCCACCGCACUUAAAAAACAAAACCAAACUUGAAUUUGUACAGAAAGGACUCGAUUCCUGCAAAUGAUCGAAUUCUUUAAAGCUUUUUCGGGGAUAUUCCAGUUUAAUGAAGCUGAGCGGUUGGUUUUGUUUCUUGUAACCUGUGGUCUGUCUGCAGGUGUGUGGAUAGUGGGGAGGUCAGUUUGGAUGGGUAUUUGAGGUAAGGGCGGGGAGGGCAGGGAGAGAAAUUGGGCAUUUUAUUUUGAUAGGCGUUGAAAUGCAAGUUAUGGUGAAUUUUGGUGCAUCCGUCUUCAUCUUGGAGUCUUUAAAUCGUUUUUUUUUUCUCAAGCUGGGCCACUUUUAAGAUGGGUGGAUUUCCAACUCCCAGAAUUCCCCAGCCAGUGUUGCUGGCUGGGGAAUUGUGGAAAUCCACCCAUCUCCAGUUUGAGAGUCGCCGUUUUAACUGGAGGCGGAAUUUCAGAACAGUUAAAUCCUCAAAGCCUUUUUCAACGUGCAGCAUUUCGUGUUAAAAAAAUAAAUAAAUCUCGAGGCAAGUUCAAACUCGGUGCUCCCAUUAACGUGCAGUGAAGAAUAUAAGUUGUUGGGUUUUUUUUCUUUUAAGGAAGAGUCAUUCUUAAUGUUGACCGACAAAAAGGAAACCACUAUUUUAGUACCAGGCUGGUGAUGAUCAGUUGUAGUUUCUUGGUGGCUGUUCCUUUUCCAGUGUUGAGUUUAAUUUAUGGUAAGCUUGAAAUCAUGGCGGAAGGGAAGGGAUGGAAAGAGAGAGAGAGAGAGAAGGCAAAUUAUUUUAUCUCACAGGUGAAAGUCAUUUGCAAUGAAGGACAGGUGAGGAAUUCUCCCAGAUUGUGGGGUUGGGGGAGGGCAGAGAAAAUGGCUGGAAACAUCAGUCUUUGGAAUGGGAAGUGGGGGUGUCCAUGAAGAGUAGCCAAGGAAUUUGGGCUAGGGGGAUAAUUCUGGAUUGGGUGAGCCCAAAUUCCUAAAUAUUUGCCUUGCACUGAGAAAUCCCCCCUUUGCAAUUCAGGCUUUCCAGAUGUGCUGCAGAGACCUUCCAGAGCCUGGCUGGCUCGCACAUCUGGAAAGCCUCGGCUGGGCCCAGAUGGCUGCAGACCCUUCCAGAUUCCUUUGCAGAGUCAAAAUUCUGGGGCUUCACAGGACGGUCGCUGCUUGCAAUCCGUGGAAGGGGCUGAAGCGCUUUUUGAAUCCUUGCAAGGAAGGCCUGUUGGGGGCUCUCUGAUGCACCCCAACAUGGGAAGCCGUUCCUGGUUUUCCCUUUGGCGGGGUUGCCAACCAAGCCUGCCAGGGUGGCUGUUUGGAAGGGAGGUGGGGGGGGGAAGGUCUCUGGGCACAUGUCUGCGUGUCAUGUUCCAUGGAUUAGGCCUCUUCUUCUUCUUUGCCCUGGAGAGCUUCUACCUUGGUUGCUUGGUGGGAGAAAGCAGUUGGCAUGAUGGGGAAAAUGAGCAAUCUUAAGUUGAGGGUUGCCAGCCCCUCCACCCAGCAUCCUCCACACACUCACCCCCACCACCCCUCCAGGGACAUGGUGGCAAUCCUCCUCCCCCUCGCACAUCUGAACGGUGGCUGAAUUAUUUCAGCACACCAGUCUCUGAAAUCGGAUCAGAUCUGUAGAAAACGGGCCAGAUAUUUAACCCAUAUUUGUGGGGGAGGGGGUGUUUUGAGUGAUUGAACUGCUGGUUGUUGCUGGGACUUGCUAAAUGUACUUCCCCCCACCCACCCACCCACCCCAUGUGAAUUUCCUUGUAAAAAUGCCUCCUUGCUGAGUUGCCCGAUGGGUGAGAUGUAAUCGGAGAGUUGAAUAAAUUGCUAGGUUGUGGAACAGA